AUGGCCACCAAAUGCAGCAUCCCGGCGAUCGAUCUACAAGAUUUCCCCAACCAAUUAUCCAAAUUGAUCUCAGCAUGCGAAGAAUGGGGAUGUUUCCGGCUAUUCAACCACCACGAGGUCCUCCCAUUGACGCUGAUAUCGGAGAUGAAGGCGGUGGUCAGAUCACUCUUCGAUUUACCGGCGGAGAUCAAGCGCCAGAACACCGACGUCAUCAACGGAAGCGGAUAUAUGGGUCCGAAGGUGAAUAAUCCGGUCUACGAAGCACUCGGAUUUCAUGACAUGUCAUCUCUUCAUGAUGUCGAUUCCUUUUGCUCUCAGUUGGAUGCUUCACCGGAUCAAAGGUAG